AUGGUAGCCAGAUCAGGAGGCUCGAUAUCCUGUGGCAGGAUAAACGGCUUGGAGCCAGGGAUUAGCGGGUUGUUCUCGCCAGCGGCGGCAGCAGGGUUUCUGGCCGCCUGUGGAGUAUUGCCUGUGAUCAGACCGGACCUGUUUCCCCAUGCUUCCAAAUCGCUCGUGGAGCCAAAUCCGGACAGGUUACCGGAAUGGGUCGAGGCCCCAACUGCACCCGAAGAAGGAGUUGUAGAUCAUGACAAAGAUCACCACCAUGGUGGCGCUAUUGGAGGUCUCGAUCUUGGAGAACGUCGAGACCGCACACAGUGCAAGCCCCAUAACGAGUCCGCCCAUGAUCAGGACCGGUUUGCGGCCCCAGCUCUCUGUGAGGAACCAGGGCGGAAUACUGCUGAGAACGUACAACAGGGCGUUGAUUCCCGUGAGCAGAAUGGCGUUUCUGCCGACCCAGCCGGCCUGUUCGAAAACCAGUGGUGCAUCUCUGCCUGGAACGAAGGGGCAGUUCCCGAAAGAAACCCAACGCCAAUACCAGAAACAAACCGUCCAAUUGCCAAAUGGGCAAUCGACGACGACCCAGACUGGAUACUACCUCCUAUGCAGAAGAUAAAGGCACCCAGCCGGGUAGUCUUUCUGCGGCCAAGCUUGUCGGAAAUGGGGCCCAAGCUUAAGGACGAGAUCAACGCACCGAUCUCCAAAAUAGCCACCACUGUUCCAAUCUCCAGAGCAGUGGGGUUGUCAAAGUAG